GAAAGGCAGGAAGAGUAGCUGGGGAGAGAUAAACUGUGGGCUUCAGGAUCCAGGCUGCUGUACGGACAGCAGCCUUUCCGGGACCUGUGGUCUAAAACCGAAGAAGAUGAGUGCGCCGGGAGACACAGCCUGGACAGACUCUGAAGGCUUCAGAGGCACCAUGACUGCCGAGGAGGACGCCAAGUGGCUUCAGUGGGUGACGCACCAGUUUAAGACCAUUGCGGGAAAAGAUGGGGAGAUCAACCUGCAAGACUUCAAAAAAGCCCUGCAGGUGAAAGAGUCUUUCUUUGCUGAGAGAUUCUUUGUCCUGUUUGACUCGGAUGGAAGUGGCACCAUCACACUUCAGGAGCUGCAGGAGGCACUGACCCUGCUCAUCCACGGCAGCCCCAUGGACAAACUCAAAUUCCUCUUCCAGGUGUAUGACGUCGACGGCAGCGGCUCCGUCGACCCCGACGAGCUGCGCACCGUGCUGCAGGCGUGCCUGCACGAGAGCGCCAUCUCGCUGCCCCAGGAGAAGCUGGACCAGCUGGCGCUGGCGCUCUUCGAGUCGGCCGACAAGGACUGCAGCGGCACCAUCACCUUCGAGGAGCUCCGAGACGAGCUGCAGCGCGUCCCCGAGGUCAUGGAGAACCUGACCAUCAGCGCUGCUCGCUGGCUAACGCCCCCGGCUCCCCCGCGACACCAGCACCCACCUCGCCCGCUGACCUCUGCCUACUGGCACAACCACCGCAGCCACGCGCUCUGCCUGGCCGUCUUCGUGGGCCUCCACGUGCUGCUGUUUGCCCUGGCAGCUAGUGCCUACCGGGCCUUCGGAGCCAGCGUCAUGGUGGCCAAGGGCUGCGGCCAGUGCCUCAACUUUGACUGCAGCUUCAUCGCGGUGCUGAUGCUCAGGCGCUGCCUCACGUGGCUGCGGGCCACGUGGCUGGCUCAGGUCCUGCCGCUGGACCACAACAUCCAGUUCCACCAGCUUAUGGGCUACGUGGUGGUCGGGCUCUCGCUGGUGCACACCGUGGCCCAUGUGGUGAACUUCGCGCUCCAGGCUCAGUCUGAGGCCAGCCCCUUCCGGUUUUGGGAACUCCUGCUCACCACGAGACCUGGCAUCGGCUGGGUUCACGGCUUGGCUUCCCCGACCGGCGUGGCUCUGCUCCUGCUGCUGAUCCUCAUGUUCGCCUGCUCCAGCUCCUGUGUCCGCAGGAGAGGCCACUUUGAGGUGUUCUACUGGACCCAUCUGUCCUACCUCCCCAUGUGGCUCCUGCUCAUCCUGCAUGGGCCCAACUUCUGGAAGUGGCUGCUGGUCCCUGGCACGUUGUUCUUCCUGGAGAAAACCAUCAGCCUGGCAGCGUCCCGCAUGGCGGCCCUGAACAUCGUGGAAGUCAAUCUCCUCCCUUCCAAGGUCACUCAUCUCCUCAUCAAGAGGCCCCCUCUUUUCCACUACAGACCUGGUGACUACUUGUAUCUGAACAUCCCCAGCAUCGCACGCUACGAGUGGCACCCCUUCACCAUCAGCAGUGCUCCUGAGCAGAAAGACACCAUCUGGCUACACAUCCGGUCCCAGGGCCAGUGGACCAACAGGUUGUUUGAGUCCUUCAAGAAAUCAGACCCAGUGUUCUGUGGUUCCAAGAGGCUCUCGAGGAGGUUGGAGAUGAAGAGGAGUCAGAGGAAGUCUCAGCCGGGCGUGCAGCCCCAGCCCAUCGAUUUCCGAGCCUCAGCACAGAGUGCAGUAGCCUCCAGCAAGGAGGUGACUGUGGAGCUGACAUCCUACAGGCCGGAGGGAACUCCGUGGCGGGAGCACGAAGGCAUGGUGAACAUGGGGACAAAGGAUAGGACUCGGGCACAGAGGGAAGCUGCAGCCGAGGACCGGGUCCUGGUCUCCGAGAUGUGCUCUGAGAACCACCAGUUCUGUAACAUCAAGUGCUACAUCGAUGGCCCUUAUGGGACUCCCACUCGCAGGAUCUUUGCCUCCGAGCAUGCUGUGCUCAUUGGUGCAGGCAUUGGCAUCACGCCCUUUGCCUCCAUCCUGCAGAGCAUCUUAUACAGACACCAGAAGAGAAAGCACAUUUGCCCCAGUUGCCAGCACUCCUGGAUGGACAGUGGUCAGGACGAGGAUAUGAAACUCCACAAGGUGGACUUCAUCUGGAUUAACCGAGACCAGCAGUCUUUCGAGUGGUUUGUGAGCCUGCUGACCAAACUGGAGAUGGACCAGGCCGAGGAGACGCAGGAGGGCCGUUUUCUGGAGCUGCACAUGUACAUGACCUCUGCGCUGAGCAAGAACGACAUAAAGGCCAUUGGUCUGCAGAUGGCCCUCGACCUCCUGGCCAAGAAGGAGAAGAAGGAUUCCAUCACGGGCCUCCAGACACGCACCCAGCCUGGGCGGCCUGACUGGAACAAGGUGUUCCAGAAGGUGGCCGCUGAGAAGAAAGGCAAGGUGCAGGUCUUCUUCUGUGGCUCCCCAGCUCUGGCCAAGAUCCUCAAGGGCCACUGUGAGCAGUUCAGCUUCAAGUUUUUCCAAGAGAACUUCUAGCCCUGCCUCUCCCAGUUCUGCCCAAACCCACCCUGCCCGCCAGCCUGAUCAGACUGCUGCUAGUGCCCUGCAGGGACCAGCCUCAAGAGGACCCAGCAAAUCCAGCUCCACAUGCAUAACAGGAGGCCCUAGGAGGCAGAUGGACUUCCUUGAGAGCCCAGGGGGAGGGCGGGGCCUUGUGGGGUGCUGCUGUGAGUUUGGGAAUUGCUGUGAGGCUGGGCAGACUUGGUCGGGGGGUAGAGGGGUGGAGGUGACGUGGUUGGGGAGCACAGGGGGCCUUCCAAGGGCAACCUGUCCUUCAGAAGUCCUCUGAGGACACCUUCCCUCCUACUACAGUGGCCCCAGACCCACCUGAUCAUCAUGAUCAUUCCGGAACUUACACACACACAGCAUUUUAUUAUGAAAAUGUUCAGACAUACAGAAAAUUUAAAGACUCAUCCAGGGAACAGUGUUACCCACUUUUUAUAUUCCUCAGUUAACAUUUUGCUGUGUUUGGCUGACUGCAUAUUUUCUAUCUCCCCCUCCCUCUAUUCUGGAGAAGGAAAUGGCAACCCACUCCAGUAUCCUUGCCUGGAAAAUCUCAUGGACAGAGGAACCUGGUGGGCUGCAAUCCAUGGGGUCGCAAAGAGUCGGGCACAACUGAGCGACUAACACACACACACACUUCCUCUAUUCAUCCAUCAGGCUAUCCUGUUUUUCUGAUGCAUUUCAAAGCACACCUUGCUACUCAGAGGAACCUUCUUUAAAGGUAGAUUCCUGGGACCCAUGCCCAGAAAUUCUGAUUCUGCAGAUCUGGGGUUGAGACGUGGAAUGUGUGUUUUAUCCAGAAUCCAUGUCCAUAGGGAGAGAUGAGCAGCUAAUUUUCUCUUCUCUUUAUGAUGUUGGCUUCCCAUCUCUCUGUAUAUCUGUGUCCCUUUUCUUCUCUCUGUCUUUCUCCUUGUGUCUCUCCCCUGUGUUGGCCCUUCCUUGCUUGGCAUGAUGCUUCUCCCUUCUCUCCACACACUGAGUCAUUAGAGAAGUGGGGUGGAGACAGAGUCUCGGUGUGUGUUUCCAGGGGAGUCAGAGAAGUCCUGUGCCUGGUAAUCUGGCAGGUUGUGGCUUGUAGCUCAGUUCAGCUGUGCCCCAGUGGUGAGCCCUGGAAACCUCCUCAGGUUGUUUCAUCUGAAGGAUGGGCCUGAUGCCCCGCCUCCCCGAUCACAGUUGCUGGGGGUGAAAUGAGACAUUAUCAAUAGUGCUCAGGAUAUUCAUCCUCUGUCCCUGGGUGGCUCUUUAUUGCUCCAGCAUCUGAGUCUCUGCAUCUUCUAUUUCAUGAAAGUGAAAGUUGCCCAGUUGUGUCCAACUCUUUGUGACCCCAUGGACUAUGCAGUCCAUGGAAUUCUCCAGGCCAGAAUACUGGAGUGGGUAGCCUUUCCUUUCUCCAGGGGAUCUUCCCAACCCAGGAAUCAAACCCAGGUCUACCGCAUUGCAGGCGGAUUUUUUACCAGGUGAACCACAAGGGAAGCCCAAGAAUACUGGAGUGGGCAGCCUGUUCCUUCUCGAGGGGAUCUUCCCAACCCAGAAAUCGAACCAGGGUCUCCUGCAUUGCAGACAGAUUCUUUACCAACUGAGCUAUGAGGGAAGCCCAUUCCCUACUUCGUAGCUCCCUCUCUCUCUGUGCUGGAGCCUCUUUUUGUAUCUGUCACUGUCUAGACAGGUAUAGAUGGCAAGGACAGCAAAUACAGAAGCUCUCCUGGGAGACUCGUUGGGGAGGCAGUGUCCUGGGUGGUAGGCAGGGGCAGCAGGGCUGGCCUCACUCCCAGACCUGAGCUGGGUGUUUUCUCUCUGCCCCACACUGAAAGCCCCUGGGGACCUCACAGUUGCCUCACAUCCUCUGCCUUGCAGCUGGUCUUGCUGGGGGUUCCAUCUCUUCUGUGACAGUCUAAACUCUCCUCCCCAAAGCGGCUUUCAGGGGGUUGGAAUCAGGCACUUUCGAAUGGGAUUGUAGAAUAUACCUUUCUUUUCUGUGGGUUAGAAGUCCUGGGCACGGAACAGGUAAAGAUGACAACCAUGAUGGUGACACCUCUUAAAAGGGCUGGGCAUUAGAGAGGGACCUGGGACACAGCAGGUGAGGGGAGUGCAGAGGACACUUGGAGUCAUCUUGUGGGUGACAAUGAAAUGACAUCGGUGAGAGAAGUUCUUUUCAAAUAGCAGCAGCAAAAGGGGACUUCCUUGGUGGCCCAGUGGCUAAGACUCUGUGCUCCCAAUGCUGGGGGUCCAGGUUUGAUCCCUGGCCAGGGAACUAAAUCCCACAUGCCACAAUGAAAAGUUCCCAUUCCGCAACUAAGAUAUCCCACAUGCUACUACUAAAGAUCCCACACGCCACCACUAAAACCCAGCACAACCAAAUAAACUUGUUUUUAAAAAGCAGCAGCAGCAAGAGAAGGGGAUGGUGGAUAAGGAUGUCGAAGUGCACCUUGGGGCAGAGGGCAGGACAGAGCGUGAGGACUGGGACAGAGAGAAGGUGGGACACAGGACAUCAUAUUCCGGAUGCAGGAGGAGCAGGAGGAAGAAUGCAGGAGGGAGGGUGGGACCCAGCUGUCAGCCCAGGUAACGGAGGCACCCACGCGAGCCCUGUGGAGGGCAGGAAGGAGGGGCACUGGGUCCACGGGGCCUCUCCUGGGGGUGCGCAUCACAUGUCUGAGAGGCCCGGUGCUGGGGCCUCUGUGCACGGUUGAGUUUCGUUUCCAACAAGCCUGGGAUAGACAUCUAACUCCCAUGGAGAAACUCGGACCAAGAACAGUCAACUUACCAGCCUGGGGUCACACUCCUGGACCCCUGUUUCCUCCUGUUGAGUCUGUGUUUUCGCCUUGUCAUCAGACUUGGGAAAGCUUGGGGGGAAAAAAGUGUCAUUUAGCGGGGUGUAGAUGUAAGCUAAGAGGGUAUCCUGAUGGGGGACUGGUAAAGAGAAUAUAGCAAAGUCAUGUGGCAAGAGUUUGCAGACCAUUCUAGUGUGUGCUAAUGGGACUUACACACACACACACACACACACACACACAC